CACAACAAACGCUGCGCCCAGCAGUAGCAGUAGCAGUAGCAGCAACAGCAUUAAUGCAUCCGCACAGGCCAAUGCCAUAUCCGAGGAGCACAGACGCAUUUGGGUGGGAAAUUUGGACUCGCGCAUCACCGAGUUUCAACUUCUCAAACUAAUGCAAAAAUGCGGUGCCAUCGACAAGUUUGACAUGCUAUUCCACAAGGGCGGUCCCAUGGUCGGUCAGUCGCGGGGUUACGCCUUCGUCACAUUCGCCCAGAACGAGGGCGCCACAAAUGCGCUGAUGAAACUGGAUGGCACCCAUGUGGGAAGCCGUUCAAUAGCUGUGCGCUUGGCAAAGAACAUUAAAUACGAUGAUCUGCAAAGGCCGAAGCCUCGCAUUGAGAUUCCAGCGCUAGGCAGCGGCAAGCGGGAGGAGAAGAUCAGCAAAGCGGAGGCGAUUCGUGCCAUUGAGGCGAAACUUAAGACUCUGGAGCGACAGACCGAUGACAAUUUGGAACUGAAUCCCAUCGGACGUGAGCCAAACGUGCCAUUUAUUCAGCGCUACCAAUUUAACAAAGAUCGUGAUACUCAGCAACGGACUGGCCCACAUGGCAAAUACAUGAAAAAUAAGUCAUCGGCACCAUACCAUCGACAGCAGCAGCCCAAGCGACGCUGAACUGAAACUCAUCUGAAGAAACUCAACAUUCUCUCGAGCACUUGCAAAAAAUCACUCUAUUCAUUUAAUUUAUUAACAUAAAAUUAAAACAGCAAAU